AGGCCUCCCUUUCGGCGCACUGCACCUCGGGACCGCACGAGGGCGCCGCGGCUUGCUCCGCUCUACCUGCCGCGGAGCAUCCGAGUAGGCGACGGCUUACUUCCGCGUCCGGGCCCGGCGGCGUCGGGCGGCUGCGCCCAGGGCCUGGCGGCCGCAGAUUCUAAUGGUCUCCUCCCAUUUUAUUGGCAUAUGGUGAAGUUGGUCUCUGUGGGGAAGGAUUUUAGUUGAUCAUUUAGUAACACUGAAUUGGAAUGGAUAUAGUUGAGUUUGGCCGCCAUUUUAAGACUUACUAUGAAAGUAUAGAAACUGCAGAUUUUCAGUGAGGUCUGGGACUGCGAUUGUUUCGAAGUUUCUGAACGCUUAAGGAAAAGCUUUAGGUGUCAGAGGGAGCGAUGGCAGGCCAUGAAGCAGAAGAUGUGCUAGAUAUCCUUCGGCUGAACGUGGGUGGCUGCAUUUACACAGCCCGGCGAGAGUCUUUGUGCCGCUUCAAGGACUCUAUGCUGGCAUCCAUGUUUAGUGGUCGUUUCCCUCUGAAAACAGAUGAAUCUGGGGCGUGUAUUAUUGACCGUGAUGGACAUCUAUUCAAGUACAUUUUGGACUACCUCCACGGGGAGGUUCAGACCCCCUCGGACGAGCAGACUCGAGCUGCCCUGCAGGAAGAGGCUGACUACUUCGGCAUCCCAUACCCGUAUAGCCUGUCUGACCACUUGGCCAAUGAGAUGGAGACAUAUUCUUUAAGGUCAAAUAUAGAACUUAAAAAGGCUUUAACAGACUUCUGUGAUUCCUACGGCUUAGUUUGCAAUAAACCAACAGUUUGGGUUCUCCACUAUCUUAACACAUCUGGUGCAAGCUGUGAGAGUAGAAUUAUUGGUGUCUAUGCUACAAAAACUGAUGGGACAGAUGCCAUUGAUAAGCAGCUGGGAGGAAGAAUUCAUAGUAAAAGCAUUUUCAAAAGAGAGGCGGGCAACAAUGUUCAGUACAUUUGGAGCUAUUACUCAGCAGCUGAGUUGAAGAAAAUGAUGGAUGCCUUUGAUGCUUGGGAAGGAAAAGGAGUGAGCUACUGGCGUGUGCCUCAUGAGCUGAUAGAGUGCUGGACUCUGGAAGAACGGCCUUUACAUGGAAGCCUGCGUCAUAUGGCCCCAAUUCGAAAGAGGCGGCUGAUAACCCUCAGGGAAGAGGAUGAAGGUGUGAACUGUAAGACUGGUCCUAAGCCAGUCAGAUUUUUGGGCCCUUCUACAAGUACUCAAAUUAAAGUUAAGAACUCUGCUUCAGUGAGGGUGUCACCUGCCAACGCUGCCCAGAUCUCCUCUCAGGCUACUGCAAACCGCUCUCAAAGAGGCAGCUGUGGAAAGGCAGCCCAGUGCUCUGUGGCCACAGGGGCAUCUGGACAUGCUCCUGCUUCCCCUGAUGCCCAGAGUGCUGAAAACCAAGCCACACAGCCACCUCCAGCCAAGGUGCUCCUCUCUGAAAAGAAGUCUCCCCCACAUCGAGUGAUCAAGCUGAGGAGGACUCCGCUGUGUGUGGGGCCUUCCCUGCCUACCCCCUCAGCAGGGAGCCAGGCCAGCUUCUCCCAGCUGCCCUCUCCAGAAGAUUCUGGCACUUUGGGUGUGCAGACUGAGAACAGGAAAGACCAGCCUGAUGGAUAAAGUGGGCUUGAAACUGCCUGUUUGUCCCACAGCUUCCAGUGUGCCGACUCCGACAGUGUUCUUGAAAGGGAAGAUCUAAACGCGGGAUGUUUAAGAUUAUUACAGGAAAAGUGAAUGCCGUGACAUGGGAGUAGAGGAGGGAGACUUUAUGGUUAGGGUUAUUAUUUACGUUGCAUUUUCCUGAGGUUGUCUAUGUGCAGUUUGAUGUCUGGUUUUAAUUUUAAGCUUUAUUUAAGUGGUUAACUGAUACCAAGGCAACCAAGCAGUAAGAAGUCUCCCCUUUCUGCAGUGGUAUCAGUCUUCAAGGUUAACUCCUACAGUCCAAGGGUAGGAGUAAGGUCUGGGCCUAGGUUUCUGUCAGAUGGAGAAGGGUACCUGUGCUGA